AUGGCCUCCGCCGAGUUCACCUACAGCGACGUCGCUGAGCACAACACCAAGCAGGACCUGUACAUGGUCAUCCACGACAAGGUCUACGAUGUAGCCAAAUUCGUCGACGAGCACCCUGGUGGUGAGGAAGUUCUCUUCGACGUUGGCGGCCAGGACGCCACCGAGGCCUUUGAGGACGUCGGCCACAGUGACGAAGCUCGCGAGAUCCUGGACGGUCUUCUUGUUGGCACUCUUAAGCGUCAGCCCGGCGACCCUUCCCCCAAGACCCCCGCUCCUCAGACCACCGCCACUGCUGGCGCUCAGACCGGCACGGGCCUGACCGCCUACGCCUUCUUGCUUGUUGGCGGCGCCGUCGCUUUCGGCAUCUACAAGUACCUGCAGGCGAACUCGCAGCAAUAA